AUGGAUGAUAAAGAACCUAGUAAAGCACCUGAUGAUGGCGCAUAUAUAAAAGGUUUAUAUCUUGAAGGUGCUCGAUACGAUCGAAAAACACGUAAACUUGCUGAAUCUCAACAGAAAAUUUUAUUUGAUACAAUGCCUGUACUGUGGAUUUGUCCAGCUAAACGUGAUGAAUUACAACAAAUACCAUCUUAUACAGCACCUGUUUAUAAAACAACAGAACGACGUGGUGUUUUAUCAACAACAGGACAUAGUACAAAUUUCGUGAUAGCAAUGAAAAUUCCAUCUGAUAAACCAGAAGCACAUUGGAUAGGACGUGGUGUAGCUAUGAUAUGUCAACUUGAUAAUUAA